AUUGACUCCUGGUGUUGGAUAGGGAUUUUGCAUGAAGAACAAGCCAAAUUUAGCAAUAAUGGUGGGCAAGUAUAAAGGUUACCAAGUUGCUUUGGCAUGUACGGAGUAGUUUCUGUGAUGUUUUACUUUGAUGUGCUGGCAUACGUAGUUCAGCUCCACAUUCUAUAUUAUGGGCUGGGCAACGGAAUCAGGAGCCAGCUUAACUUAGAAGCAACUUAUAUGGUAAACAACAAAAUUCGCCUCGGCUGCUCUGUACUGUAAUUGUGAGCACAUAUCAAGUCCGAAAUGGGCUCAUAUCGCCGUUGCUUACUUCGCUAUUGAAUGAAUUAUAGUUUAUCCCUUGAUUUGAAUUCGAGGUGCCCUGCACUAAUCGAAAGUAGGUCUAAUUGAGCUUGAUUCAAUGUGACGUGUAGCUUAUAGCUAUCUAAAUUUGACUAAGGCAUACGAUCCAAUGAGAAUCUGCGUUAAAGAGUUGCCCAUCAUGAGAGCGUUAAGAGCUAUAUUCCUCUCCCUUUGCAUAACCCAAUAACGGACUGUUGUGAACAAGGGCCGUCUAACGCUAUCUAUAGUAGAUUUUCUCAGUUUUGAUAACGUGGAAAAAGAGAUUAUGCCGAUCUCACAUGAUGGUUGAGGUAUCCAGUAGACUUUCCCUCGACUAUUAAAUGAAUUAUACAGGACAUGCACGGGCAAGUAAGCCUUGUAACAUCAUAUACA